ACCACUCUCCAGCCAACACUUCCAUUUUCAUUGGGCCACGUUAUGUUGGUUUCCAGAGAGGUCAUCAAUUCAUGGCUAAUUAAGUUUGGGUGGCCCAAUAAAAAAGCAUGUGUUGGCUGGAGAGUGCAGGAGGCGAGUGCCCCUAGCAGCUAACAUUGCCCAAAAAACAGCUAGCACUGCCCAAAAAGCAACACCAAUCACGUGUCAACAUACUACCCACUAAAAAGAGUACCCCUCCAUUAUUUCACACUUUCACUUUCUUCCCCUUAUCAUCUUUUUUCUUUUUCUACCACUUUUCUCCAUUCAAGCUCGCUUCCUGAUCCUUAUCUACUCCUUUUUCUGGCAACAAAUUUUAUCUUUCUUUGCUUGAGCAGUGAGCAGCAGCAACCAAAUCCUACUAUUUAAGGCUGGCUCCACAUGAUUUGGGUCACCAAAUAGAUUUCCAUCCCGCCAGUGCGUGAGAUGUGAGCAGUGGCAGUGAACAGCGGCACGCCAGCACCGUAGCAGUCCAAAAUCUUUCCCUCCCCUGCGGCAAAUUUCUGGAAAUCUCUUCUUCAAUUUUUGUAAAAGAAAGAAGUCCAAAGAAUGUGCUUGCAGAAUUCUGAAGAAAUGUAACCAUCAAGAACACUCCGCUUGUGAAGAUUUCUGCCAACUUCCAGCUGUCUGGCUGGGGAGAGGGUUUUACCCUAUCCUUUGAUAUUGUUAUGAUGGUACCUGCUCACAAUUCACAUACCAAUGAUCAUAUUAGAGAAUCCUACAUGCUAAGUAAUAAUAGAAUGCGCUUGCAGAAUUCUGAAGAAAUGUAACACAAUACAAAUCAUCAUUGAGUAUUGCAAUAAUCAGCACCAUGAAGGGUGGGAAUUCAAACUGCCAUAUCAAGGCCAGUAACAUGAAACCAAGCUGUGCCCAUAAAGAGGUUGUUUAGUGGUAGGACAAAGUCAGUUUCUUAAGCUAUAUUGACAUGAAACGAACAGAUAUUGAUAGCUUGUUUCCGGCUUGAUCGAGGAGAAAAGAAGGAACCUGGCUCUCACAGAGCCAACCUUCGGAAUUUCACCAAUGGGAGACGCUAUAUCAUCCAUGUCCGGUCUAUGGCUAAUCCCUCAGCUAGUUCUCGUCGGACUCUGCGAGGGUUUCAACAGCAUUGGCCCGAUCGAAUUGUACUACAAGCUGUUCCCAGAAAACAUGAGGAGCGUCGGUGGUUCUUUCUUCUUCUGUGGGGCUACCGUUUCUAGUUACCUGAGUGGAUUUCUGGUUUCCAUUGUCCACCAUUUUACUUCAAGAACUCAAACAGGGGAUUGGUUGCCAGAGGAUCUUAACAGAGGGAAACUUGAUUAUUUCUAUUACAUGAUUGCUGCUUUAGGAUUCCUGAACUUUGGUUAUUUCUUGGUCUGUGCUCAGUGCUACAGAUACAAAGGAGAAGGUGAAAGUGCCAUUGAAUUGAAGAACACUGCAGGGGAAAAAGGAAAGCAUUUUGUCUGAAUUAAACUACAAAAGUGAAAAUUAGGAAGAACCAAGCCGCCAAAGGCUAGAAGUAUUGUCCUGAUUAACAAUUAUGUAAGUAAAUAAAACUAGUCAGCUUUU